UUUUCUUUAAUAAUUCAAAUCAACAACAACAACAACAAAUCAUUAAAAAAUGCCUUUUAUUUUUCGUUUACCCGGUAAACGAAGUCAACAAUAUAAUGUUGCAAGUAAAGAUUUAUUUGUUAUACCUAUUGAAUUAUUAACAAAUGAAUGUAUUGAAUGUACAUUAUUUGCAACAAGUACGGGUGAAGAAUGUUUAAAAAAUGUUUGUCAAAAAAUCGGUAUUCAACAACCAGAAUAUUUUAGUCUAUUAUUUCGAUCGAAAAAAAUGGUUGAUCAAUGGAUUGAUUUAAAAAAAUCGGUUAAAAAACAAUUAUCAAAAUAUGCACAAGAAAUACGGCUAUAUUUUCGUUUACUAUAUUUUGUACCGAAUUUUCAUUUUUUAUCCGAUGAAGUAAGCCGUUUUCAUUAUUUUUAUGCAAUGAAAAAUUUAGUUAUUGAUGGCCGUAUUGCUUGUAGUCGUGAUGAUGCUAUUCUAUUGGCUAGUUUUAGUUUACAAGCAGAAUUUGGUGAUUAUUCACCUGAACGUCAUACGGUUGAAUAUUUAAAUAAUUUUAGCCUAUUUCCAAAAUCAAUGAUAACGAAUAAAAUUGCUCGUGAUGUAUUGAUUGAAUGUGUUAUAAAUGCUUAUCGUAAUCUACAAGGUGUACCGCCAAGUGUAGCUGAAAUUUAUUAUAUAAGUGAAGCACAACGUCGUGAAGGAUAUGGACAGGAAGGUUUUCCAGCACGUGAUCUAAGUACCGGGCAAGAUGUUUGUCUUGGUGUUUGUAUACGUGGAAUAUUUGUUGUCAAUCAAGAUAAUAAUACAUUGGAAUUAUUUAAAUGGAUGGAUAUUGCUAAUCUAAUGCAUCAGAAAAAAGUAUUUACUAUUGAACGUUUUACGGAUAAAUAUUCAAAAAAUUAUUCAACAUAUGAUAGUGAUUAUGCUAAUUGUAUUUGGAAAACAUGUGUUGAACAACAUCAAUAUUUUAUGAAAGGUAUACAGAAUGCACAGGUAAAUCAACAAAAUGAUCAAACAACAGCAACAAAUUCUUUAGCUGAACAAUUAGCUAUACAACAUCAUUUGAUUGGAAAUAAUGAUUCAAUAAUGCAACAACAACAACCGAUUCAAUCUGCCUCAUCAUCAUCAUCAUCAAAAUUAUUGAAUCCAUCAACAUUAUAUAUUCAUCAACAACAACAUCAUGGUUCAAAUAAUUCUGUACAUCAACAACAACAACAAUCAACACCGAUAUCUGAUCAUACAACAAUGGUAGAUAAUUUCAAUAAUAAUCAAUCUGUAUAUGAAACAAUUGGUUCGGCAACUAUUGAUGUGAUACCAACAACAACGGCAACUCCUACUACUACUACUACCAUUGUUAAUUUGGAUCAUCAUCAUCAUCAAUCAUCAUCAUUGAAUCAUGAUAAUUUGGAUAAUAUUUUAUCAUAUAAUAAACGAAAUUCAAUUGAACCAAUUGAUUUAAAUCAUAUACAGAUUAAUUGUACAGCUAUUAAUCAAUAUAAUCUUAAAUCAGGUGAACUUAGUCAUAAUAAUAAUAAUAAUAAUAAUAACAGUGGUGAUGUACAACAGCCAUUUAAAAUGGAUGAUACGAUUAUGUCGACUGAUUCAUCAACAACUACGACAGCAGCAACACCAACAACAGCAGCUAUAACAAAAAAUAUUCCAAUUUAUGAAAAUCCAUCAAAUCUAAAUGAUUUGACAUAUGAACAACGAAAAAAAUUAUUACCACCAUAUCGUAUGCCACCGGAUUAUGAAACAUUUUUAACAAAUAAAUAUUCAAUGAUGAGUAAGAAUAUGAUGAGUCAAAGUUUAACAUCGAUACCAUCAAGAUUAGCUACCGGAGGAACAAUUGGAGGAAAUUCAACGAUGAUGAUGAUGAUGAUGAAAGAAGGUUUAAGUAAUAAUAGCAUAACAGCUAGUCAUACACAGAUUAAUUCAUCAUCAUCAUCAUUAUCAUUGGGUCAACAUUCGCAACAACAACAAUAUCAUCUUUUUCAUCCAACAAAUAAUCAUCAAUGUUCACCUGUCAAAUGUCAGCCAUUUUCAUUUCCACAGCAACAACAUUAUCAACAACGUCAAUCAUCACAACAACAACAACCUUCGUUUCAAAAUAUAUAUCGUAAUUAUACAGAUCUAUCGAAUCUAGCUAUCGAUCAAUCACAAUCACAAUCAUCAUCAUCUGUAUCAACAUCAAAUCAUCGUUGUUCAUUACCGCCUAAUCCACAAGAAGAUUCUUCAACAACAAUGAUGGCAAUACCGGCCAAUCAAUUACCAUAUCAACAUCAACGUCUACAAAAAUCCGGAAUGUUUACAUCAAGUUCUCCCGAUUUGAAUACAAUAAAUCCAUUGAUGUUUAUUGGACAACAGCAGCAACAGCAAUCAUUAUCACAACAACAGCAACAAAAACAAAGGCUGAUUCAACAAUAUAAUCCAAAUGUAAUCAAAUCAAAUAAUAAUGGUACAGGAAUGCUUAUGAUGUUGAAUAAUAACAAUCGUAAUAAUAUUGAGAAUGGAAACGCCAUUCAUUAUCAUCAUGCUGCUCCUAUUAAUCAACCACAACCACAACAAUCAAUGAUAAUGAAAAAACCACCAUAUUUUACAAGUGUUCCAGAUUUGACAUUCAAUAAACAACAUUCAAAUUUACAAAUCUAUCCUAACGAUAUAAUGAUGUUUGGUGGUGUUGGUGGUGGUGAAAAGAAAUUUAGUAAAACAAGAAAUUUUUUUAGAUUUUUCUCCGGUUGGUCACAGAAUAAAACCGGAUCUGAACCAAAUUUAUUUAAUAAUCAUAAUCAUCAUCAUCAUCAGAAUAAUAAUUGUUGUUCAUCAACAUUAUCAUCAUAUUCACCAAAUUCAUAUUAUUUAAAACGUACAAAAUAUUCGAAUGAACAUUUAGAUUCGAAUAAUAUUGGCAUUCGUAAUGUAAACAUUAACAAUAAUAAUAAUAAUAAUAAUUGUACAACAACAACGAUAAAUGACAAUCAAAUAAUGACAAGACCAACACAACAAAUGACAAUGUCACAAUUUUCUAAAAUUUCACAAAAAAUUGAUGAAUUGCCCGAAACAACUGUCAAUGAUAUUGAACAACAACAACAACAUUUACAAUCACAAACAGCAACAACAACAACAACAAUGAUGAUGACAAAAAUUGAUGUCAAUAAUGAUCAUGAUCAUGUCCUUGCAACAUCGAUUAAUAAUAAUAAUAAUAAUAUUGCCAUAAAUCAAAAUCAAUCACAACAGCAAACAAUCAAUCCACAACAACAGCAACAUUUUAUCAAUAUGGAAGCUAAAAAAAUUGAACAAACAUCCAAAUUAUCGAUGGAAAAAAAUAAUUCUACAAUGAUGCCAACAGCAAAAACAAUAACGGCCAAUUCACGAAUACUUGUUUUUGACAAAAAUUUUGUUGAUCAAGAUUUUACCAAAGAAUUUGAAUUAUUACCACGAAUGAAUCCGACGGCAAAAUUUACGACAGCAUCGUUGGCAGAAAAUAUUUUAAAAAAUCGUUUUCGUGAUAUAUUGCCAUAUGAGGAAAAUCGUGUUAAAUUAACACCAACCAAAGAUAAUAAACAUGGCUAUAUUAAUGCAUCACAUGUUAUAAUGAAAUUCGGUUCGAUGAAACAGCAUUAUAUUGCUGCACAAGGACCAUUACCAAAUACAACAUUAGAUUUUUGGCAAAUGGUUUUUGAACAACAUAUCAAUCUAAUUGUAAUGGUUACGAAUUUUACCGAAUCUGGUUCACAAAAAUGUUAUAUCUAUUUACCGUUGUCAAGUGAACCAGGUAAAAAUACAUUACGUUUUGGUGAUUAUGAGAUUACCUGUACAUAUACCGCCGAAACAUUGACUUAUAUGUUAAGUUUAUUAAUAUUAACGCAUAAUGGUCAACGAAGACAAAUUACACAUCUUCGUUAUACUGAUUGGAAUGAUCAUUCUAUUCCGGGUGAUUUACAAAGUUUUCUUACAUUUUUAUCAGAAAUGGAUGCCAUUUAUCGACAAAAUAAUCGUGAUGGAUCUGGUUUUGGACGUAAACGACAUUCAUCUAGUUCGUUGCUGCAAAAACCACCAAUUUUACCACCAAUACUUGUUCAUUGUAGUGCUGGUGUUGGACGUAGUGGUGUCAUGAUAUUAUGCGAUGCCUUACUUAAAUGUCUUGAUGAUUAUCAACAUUCCGAACCAAUUGAUGUACCCGAAGCAUUAAUACAAUUACGAUUUCAACGAAUGAUUAGUGUACAACAUUGUGAACAAUUUCGUUUUGUUUGUCAGGUUCUUUCACAAAAUCUAUCUAAUUCCAGGCUUAUCUAAAUUAAUCUUACACCUCACCUUAUCUAUCUCAAGAAUCAAAAUGCAUACAAUGUUUUCAUUCGUCAUUUUUAAUUUUUUUAAAAUUGUUUUUUAUGAAA